AUGUCAUCAUUAGGUUAACAAAUGGAACUUUAGCACAGAGAUUCUAUUUAAGAAUCAUUGUUGAAUGAAUCUUCAAUAAAUAAUUAAGAAGAAUUUCAUUUAGAUAUUUCAGAUAUUAUCUCAAAUGGAAAAUAAUUCUAGAAUAAAGCUAAAUUAGAUUUAGAAGAAAGGGCAGAGAAAUAAUAACAACAGUCAUAAUAAUAUAUUUUGGAGAAAAUUCGUUAAUUAUAUAAUGAUAGUUUAGAAGGAGUAUAAAAGAAAUUAAGUAAAUACAAUAUCAUAUUAUAGAUAUUUUAUAUUAAUUACCAAUUUUGAGACCAAAACAAAUAAUUUUGUGGAAACUAUUCAUCAAUUUAUUAACAUUAUUUGUUUUUUUUGAAAUCCCAGUGUAUAUAGCAUUUGGGGAAAAAUUCUGGGAAGUAUAAAAUUAUCUAUUUAAAGGAAUUAGACACUAUUAAGUUAGUUGCUGCUUUAUAUUAUACAAUAUCUCUUCUUCUUGUUAUAGAUAUGGGUUUAGACUUUAUAACUGCUUAUUAUAAACAUGGAGUUGUGAUUACUGACAGUCGAAAAAUAGCCAUAAAUUAUUUAUAUGGGAAUUUCUUCUUUGAUCUAAUAGCUGUAAAAUUUAAUUAAAUUAAAUUAGUUAAUCAUUUCAAUUGCUAGAUUAUCAUUAUUUACUUCUUAAUACAGAUUUAUCUUUUUAAUUUUUUACUUUAAAUUACCUUCAUUUUUAAGAUUUGAUGAUCAAUUGAAUGAAAUGGUAUUACUUUAUAGAAGAACAAGAGUGUUUUAUGAAGUAGGAAAAAGAGUAAUUUUUAUGUUUUUUGCAUUCAAUGUAUUUUUAUGUGUGUUCUAUCUAAUUGGAUUACAUAGUGUAGCAUCAAAUUAUAAUUCUUGGUUAACAAAUCCAGGUAAUUUUGGUAUUAUUAUGGAUCGACCAUACCAUGAAAUAUAUUUUUUUGGAUUCUAUUUUUCUUUAGGAACAGUAUCAACUACUAUGGGUUAUGGUGAUAUUGUAAAUUUUAUGUUAAAUUUAUUAGUCUCCAAUGAAUAUUAUAGAAUGUUCUUGGUCACUCUUAGGAGUUAUGUUUGGUCUAAUUAUUUUUGCUAAUAAUAUCAACUCUUUUUAAAAAAUGAUGGAAGAAUAUAAUUUAAAUGAUCUUAAACAAUUUAAAUAUAAAGUAAGUAUCAAUAAAUUUAUGGAAUAAAAGUAAGUACCUUCUGAAUUAUAAGAAAUAAUUAGAUAAUAUCUUAAUGAAUAUUGGCAUUAAUAAGGACUUAGAGAUCAAGAAUAGGAAAUAUUAGUUUUUCAAAUGUUAGCUCCAGAAUUAAAAUAAGAAUUAAUGUAUUAAUCAUAUGGAUAAUUUCUAUAAACUACUUUUUUCUCAAAAUAUUUUUCUAAGGCUUUUUUAAAAGAUCUUUCAGAAAAAAUAACAGAAGUUAAUUAUUCAACUGGAAAUAUGAUAAUUGAAGCAGGUGAUUCAAAUGAUGAUCAAAGCUUUUAUUUUAUCUAAAGUGGAACUGUUAUUAUUAAAUGUGGUAAUUCUGAUAUUGUCAAAAAGAAAUUGAUAAAAGGAGAUAGUUUUGGUGAAUUUGCUUUUAUAACAGGUAUUAAAUUUAGAAUUUAAAAUAAAAGGACAAGCAAGAACAGCCACAGCUUAUUCAUAAGAAUAUAGUUAAUUACAUAAAAUAUCAAGAAAUGAUUUUUUAGAAAUAUUACAACACUAUCCUGACGAUUAUGAAAUAUUUUGCAAUCUAAGAGAUGGAUUAAUCUUUUCUUCACAAUUUGAAACAGUUGGUUAAUUUUGUUGGACUUGUCAUAAAUUUGAUCAUUAUGCAAAUUCAUGUCCAUUUACUCAUUAUAUUCCUUAAGUUUAGCAUUUAGUUGAUAAUGCAACUAUUAUAGGUACAAAUUAAGAAAGAAUUAAAAUAUAAAGAUAUGAUAGAAAAUAAUGGCCAACUAGAAAGAAUUAAAAAAUAUUAGUAAAUGGUUUGAAUAAAUCUAAAAUUCAAAAAUAUGCUAAUGUUAUGGUAUUUGAUAAUUUUUAUUGAAUUAGUUGAAAACUGCAAGAAAUAUAAAUUAAUAAAAGUCAUCAAAUUCUCCUUUAAAGAAAUAAACAAGUAUACAAUAAAGGGAGUAAUCUUUUGGUGAUUCUAAAUUAAAUAUAAUCAAAUCUGAAUCAAUAUAGGAUGAUUCUUUAAGAUAUUAAGAAGAAAAUGUUUAAUCCUCAGUUCAAGAAUCCUAAGUUCAAGAAUCCUAAGUUCAAGAAUCAAAAGAAGUAGAGAGAAAUAGUCUUAAAAAUUUAUAAACAAAACUUAAUUAAUAUAGAGAUUAACAUGAAUAUUCAAUACAUUAGGGAUUAGAUUACUUUGAUGAACCUUAAAAUUUUAAAUUUUACCAAAAGAAAUUCAAUUAUUCAAAUUACAAAGUAUUCUAAGGAUUUAAGGAAACUUAAAUGAAGAAAUAAAUAAAUAUAAGAAAAUCAUUUAUGCCAGGAAAAUAUAUUUGA